AUGGCGCCUCCCGAAAAUCACACCUGGGGUGCUCAUAACGUGCAGCCAGGCGCCCCUCUAAGCAACGUGGACGAGAACGCCAAAAUCUUUCAGCAGUAUCUGAACGACACGGCGCCUGUGUCUCAAAAGGUGAACAAGAAGUGUGCGACACACCCACAGGUCGAAGGUGGUCUGCCACCUCACCUCUUGAACAAGCAAGAGGAGACGCACGAUCGCGAUCCUCCUGACACUCGCGGAGCCACCAUCCCUGACAGUCGUUCUCAUGGACGCGUUUCUGAUCGCCAGCCCAUCGAGUCUUCUUGGUCACCGCGGCCAGUUGCGGGCCACGGAAGGGAUCACUCCGCCCCGGUCAAUCUGCCACAGUGGGAAGACAAUUCACGCGCACAGCAGAUGGUGACCCCCGACCGCAAGUUCAACACAACCGCUUAUGGCCAACCGAGAGCGACACCUACUCCAGUUGAGAAUCCGAACAGCUCUUUUCAUCCUGCUUUACAGGUGGCUCUCGCUAAGCAGACACACAUUCGCAAAGUUCCUACACCGGUCGCGAAUCCCAAUGAUGCCUGGGUCGAUGUCUAUCGCAGUGGCAGAGGCGUCCGCCCAAUGAAGAAGCUGCCCCAAGGAAGAAAGCAGUCAGGUCACCAUGGUCCCGAUUCCCACAAAGACAACUCGCGACCAAAGCAGAGUUCCCCUUGGGGCUCUCAGUCGCUGCCGGGUUCGGACACGUCUGUCAAAUUCGGCAGUAACAGUACCAACCUUUCCUUUCAAUCCGAUCACUCCAAUGGAGGUGCUCCAUCUCGAGACGCCCGCGGAAGCAUCGCCGACGAGCUUGAUAUCAUCCCUAAGGCUGAUGGCACAGGAUGGGUGAACAAGAAUUACUGGAAACAACAGGACUACGAUGAUGAAAGCGACAAUGAUAGCUCGCAGGAUUCUUUUGAGAAGGGCUGGCAUUGGUCCUACUGCCGUGAUUGGGUGCGAAGCCUUCCAGAACGACCCCCGCCUCUGGUUGCGAUCCCAUGUGGUGAUGCUGAGACGCACUGGGAAUGCGAUAUCAACACAAAGAACGGUGAAUUUUUGCAGCCUAUCGAAUAUCCGCAGACCACAGUCAACGCAGAGGACCCUGGCAGUCGACAGGAGUUGUGUCGGCGCUUGACGAGCACUGCUGAACUCAAGAUUACCGUUGAGGGUGAAAAGUUGCGGAAGCGUAUAAAGCUGCGGGAGCAAAGAGAAAAGGCGCGAGGCAUAAGUCCGCAUGGACCGGGAUGGAGACGUGUAACCUCAUCCACGCCGAUGGACGGUUCCAAUGCGCCGGAUCGAUCGCUUCAUCGAACUGAACAGCCACCUAUUCAAAAGACCGCGGCGCUUGUUGAACAGCGGCACGUAGACCCCCGGCAGCCACAGGUCGCCUGCUACCUUCGUCCUGUCGAGCGAAACGAUCUGCCACAGAUUCUCAACAUCUACAACUUGGAAGUGGAGCAUGGACGCCAGGCGUUGGAUGCCCAGCCUUUGACCCUUCGAGACAUACAGCGCCUGUCCGCAGACUGCGAUGCAGCUGGUACGCCUCUCAUUGUCGCCGUGGACGACUCAUCUCCAGUGGAAUCUACAUUCCAUGGAAAAGAGUCUGCGCUUGUGCGUAAUCGCGGGCCCAACCAGCAAGGUGGGUGGUCACGCACUCGUGCGAACAACCAGGCCACGCCAUCGACCGCACGAAAGCCUGCCAAAAUUUUGGCAUUUGGCUUAAUCACUCUGCCGUCGGCAGGUUUGGCCGGCAAGAUGAACCAGAGUUUCGGAAAUUGGUACCAGUGGUCUGACCCGAACGAUUCCAGGGCUUGUGCUGAAGCUGGCUACAACAUUCGCAAAUAUUCGCGCGUCUUUGUGGAAUUCGCCUCGGUCAAGGGUGAUCCAGACUUCAAUUGGCGCAAGAAGCUGCUCCAGGAAUUCAAUUUCAUCUAUGUGAGCACCACAGACCAGACUCGCAAGGUCACCAAUGGGGAAUGGUUCGACACCGCUGUCUGGCAACACGACUGUGGUGAACCUGGCGAUGUUCAUGAGUACAAUUAA